UUAUAAUCAAAAUAACAAUUUACCUAGUAACAAUUAUUCAAAAUUCAGAAAUAAUGAUCAAAAUUUUUCACAAUUUAAAAGUAAUUCUCAACAAAUGUACAGACCACAGUUUAAUCAAAGAGAAAAUUUUCAAAAUAACAAUAAUUUUCAAAUGAAUCGUAAUUCACAGAAUUACAACUCAAAUAGUUUAAAAUGUAAUUAUUGUACUAAGAGUAAUCACAAUUCAGAAAAUUGUUAUUAUAAUCUUAAUAAAACAAAAUGUCAAUUAUGUGACCUUAUGGGCCAUACAGCUCGUAACUGUUCAAAAAAUUCAAAAAACUAAUUUCUAGGUUAAACGAUAGUGCUGAAGAAAACAGUUUACCUUUUAAAUCAGCACACAAUAUUAUAAAUAAUAUGACAAAAGAAAGUCACGUUCCUAUUGCUUUACAUUUUUAUGCUUUAUUUAAUGAUAUUGAAAUACCUAUCACCAUUGACACAGGUUCAAAUAUAUGUUGCAUAACACAUACUUUAAUCCCAAACAAUCAAAUCAAAUCACAAUAUUUUUCAAAUAUAUGCGGUCCUGACAAUAAACCACUAAAUAUUCUAGGCACAACAAAUAUAAUCUUAAAUAUUGAAUCAAUAGAUUUUAUCAUUAAAGUAUUUGUAGUAAAAAACUUAUCUUGCAUGAUUAUUCUUGGUAACGAAUUUUUAGACAAAAACAAAGGUAUAAUAGACUUUGAUAAACAAACAAUGUGUUUGAAUGAACAAAUUCAUUUACCCAUAUAUUUGGAUAAUAAUUUAAAUCUUAAUCAAUUAAAUUCUAAUUUUACUGAAAAAGUAAUGGAUCUAUUUACAGUGUAUGAUUAUUAUUCAAUAGCACAUUGUACUUCAGUCGACCUUAAAAUGAAUAAAGGCAUAGCCUUGGAGAUAUGUAACAAAUAUGGUAAUAUGGCACCAAUUUUAUAUAAAUUAAAACCAAAGAUAGGUGAUGCUAUUCCAGUCUGCACUAAUGGUAGAAUUAUUUAUUUUUUAAUUACAAAAAAUUAUUAUUUCGAAAAGCCAGAAUAUAUGAAUAUUGAAAAGGCUUUAAACAACUUAAAAAUUCAAAUGAUAAAACAUCAUGAUAAUCACAUUGCAAUGCCUAAAAUAGCAUCAGGUCUAGAUAAAAAAGAAUGGACCAUAAUCAAACAAAUGAUCUUUUCAACUUUUUUAAACACUAGCAUUAAUGUUUUAAUAUGUCAUAAAGAUAAUGAAUAUAUUACUAAUGAUUGGAAAACCAAAGAACAUUUUUCAGUCAUAAAUACAAUUCAACAAUUUUACAACGAAAGAAAUUCAAACAAUACUGAUAAUCACACUCACAAUAGUGAUAAUGUCAAUAGCAAAGUCAAUAAUUAUAAUCAGAAUAAUAAUAGUAACUUAAACAUUUUUGAAUCUUAUAAAAAGGGAGAAAAUAUUUAUAGUGAAAACAAUUGUGGAUUUUUUGCAAUCAUUAAUGCACUUAAUGACGGGAAAACUGAAAAAGUAACUUCAGUAUUUGAAAUUUUAGAACUUUUAGAAUUAUCUGAUUUACCUAAUUAUUGGUUUAGUGACGAUGAAUUAGCAGCUAUUGCAAAUUAUUACAAUCAUGACACAUAUAUUUUUAAUGAUACAGAUAAAACUGGAAUUAUUUAUGGUUUAGGUAAUCGCCCACCUAUAGUCCUAUACAAUGUAGAUAAAAAUACACACUGGAUCCCAGGCACACAAUCUAAUAAACCAUCAAGAGAUAUUCCUUUAAAAACAAUAAAUUUUACAGAAUUUGAAUCUCUUGAUAACAUUAGAAAAUCUAUUUUUAAACAUUUAUGCAAAAGUAAAUCAAAUAAUAUUGACAGUAAUAAUUUAAUCAUUCACAAAAACAACUUAUCUACAAAUACACAAGAGAAUUCAAAUACUAAUAAUUCAUUAUUGAACAUCAAUACACACAAAAAUAAUAAAGAAACCAUCACAGAUAUGGAAGGGAACACAAUUAACAUUUCACCACAUUUAUCGGAUUAUCAACACAAACAGGCCAUUGACCUAAUAUCACAAUAUACACAUUUAUUUUGUAACGAUAAUAGUUUAAUUAAACCAGCAAAUGUAACGCCAUGCGAAAUAAGAAUGAAACCAAAUUAUACUGAUCCCAAAUUCAAUGCACCUCACAGAAUAUCACCGGAACAAAGGGUAGAAUUAAAAAAACAUAUAGAUAAACUUUUAGAAGCUGGUAUAAUAAAACCAAUCACUUCUAAUUUUGGUGCACCAGCAUUUUUAGUUAAUAAGAAAGAAAAAAAUUCUCACAGAUUAGUCGUAUCAUACAAAGAAUUAAAUGACAGAGUACAAUCAGAUUUAUAUCCAAUUCCAAGAACCACUGAUUUAUUAAGAGCAUUAGAAAAUGCACAAUAUUUUAGUUUACUAGAUUUUAAUAGUGCAUUUUUUCAAAUACCUGUAAGACUUAAAGAUCAGUACAAAUUGGCUUUCACAUCUGCACUUGGCUUACAUACAUUCACUAGAUUACCACAAGGUUUUAAAAACAAACUACUUGGUCACAAAAUUAGCAAAAAUGGUAUUCAACCAUUAGACAAAAAUACUAAAGCAAUUACUGAGUUUAAAACACCCAAAACACAAAAAGACGUUAGAUCUUUUAUAGGAAUGUGCUCAUAUUAUAGAAAACAUGUCAAAGAUUUUGCAAAAAUAGCAGAUCCUCUUACUAACUUAAUUAAGGGUGACAUCAAAAAAAUUACUUGGUUACCUGAACAUGAGGAAUCUUUUAAUAGGCUUAAGCAAACUUUAACUACUCAUCCUGUUUUAAAACAUUUUGAUGAUGACAAAAAAAUAUUUUUAACAACAGAUGCUUCUAUUACCGGUCUAGGUGCAUGUUUAGAGCAAGAACAUAACAAUAUUUUAUACCCAGUAGGAUAUGCUAGUAGAAAAUUAUUAGCUAAUGAAAAAACAUAUUCUUCAACAACUUUAGAAUUAUUAGGUCUAUGUUUUGGCGAUGUUACUGAUUUCAUUAAAUCAUGUCCAAAUUGUCAAGUAAAUAAAAAAUUAAGUGGUAAACCUAUUGGUUGCUUACAACCAAUACCUGUAUCCAAUAAACCACUAUCUAGACUAGUUUUUGAUUAUCUCGGUCCUCUACCUUCCUCUAAUAAAAAGAAAUACAUAUUAGUAGCCACGUGUCAUAGCACAAAAUACGUAUUCACUAAAGCUGUUGAAUCUGACACAGCAGAAUCAACUGUAAAAUUUAUCAUUCAAAUAAUUUCGCAAUGGGGAUGUUUUCAACAAUUCACAUCAGAUAGAGGCACACAUUUUAGAAACGAUUUAGUUAAGCAAGUUAAUGACACCGUGCAUGUAAGGCGUCUCAAACCUUAUUUUUCUAGACAUUAUGACUAA